GUUUGCCUGACAGAUUUACUGUGCAGCCAAUGGGAGUUCAAGUUCUCGUGUAACGCCUGCCCCCCAAGUCAUUUUAUGGGGGUAGCGAUUAGGUAAUGGCGACGGGUUUGUUUAAGUGCUAUAAUAUGGUGUGGGAAGUGAAGACAAAGGACAUGCCCAAUACAGUACAGAAAGUCCAGUUGGUAAUGGACAAAAGACCUACAGCAAUGGAUGAAUCUCUGGAAGUGCUGAAGUGUGAUGAACGUCUCCCAUCUUCGCCAGGUUACGAGUCUUCUGAUGAUCACAUGGAACUUGAUGACCUUCCAGAACUGCAGGCUGUUCAGACUGACUCUACAUCAUCACCAGAGGUUUUCCACCUUGAUGCAAAUGUAUCACAUCAAGAAUAUACAGUGCCUUCAUGGAGUCAAAAUACCUCAAAUAUGUCAGAAAGUGCCUAUUCUUAUGGAAAUGGGAUGAACUGGUUGACUGAACUGGCCAAUAUUGCCACAAGUCCACAAAGCCCAUUAAUGCAAUGUUCAUUCUAUAACAGAUCAUCACCUGUUCACAUAAUAGCUACCAGCAAAAGUUUACAUUCCUAUGCCCGUCCUCCACCUGUUUCUACAGAAAGUGAGUCAAAUGUAUCCAAAAGUCAUUGGAAGGAAGAACGACCAGUAAGACAUGAGCGAGCAAACAGUGAGUCGGAAUCUGGCAUUUUCUGUAUGUCAUCCUUUUCUGAUGAUGAUGAUUUAGGGUGGUGUCACUCGUGGCCUCACACCAUUUGGCACGGUUUUCUAAAAGGCACACGUCUGUGUUUUCAUAAAGGGCGCAAGAAAGUAUGGCAGGAUGUGGAAGACUUUUCCAAAAGCAUGCGCUAUAGAUCACAGCAUGAUGCCAACGCUGUCACCCAGAAGGGUUAUGGAUCAGAUGGUUUGAAACUGAUUUCUCAUGAAGAGAGUGUGUCUUGUGGGGAAUCUGUUCUGCAGCUGACGUUUGACCCAGGUACACAGGAAGGCUUGCUUACAGUGGAGUGCAAAUUGGAUCACCCAUUCUAUGUAAAAAAUAAAGGCUGGUCAUCAUUUUACCCGAGCCUAACCGUGGUUCAGCAUGGCAUUCCCUGCUAUGAGAUGCACAUUGGUGAUAUAUGCCUACCUCCAGGACAUCCUGAUGCCAUAAAUUUUAAUGAUUCUGGUGUUUUUGAUACCUUUAAAAGUUAUGAUUUCACGCCAAUGGAUUCCUCUGCUGUGUAUGUGUUAAGCAGUAUGGCACGUCAACGUCGGGUUUCCUUAUCCAAUGGUGGCGCAAGCAGCCCAGAUUCAGAGAAAUCGGACUACAGCAAGGACUGUGCAUCUCCACAAACUUCUUACACUUCAUUAUAUAAUAAAACUGGCAAGAGUCACAGCUCAGGGACUGCUAACUCUGUGAUGGCCACAUCUCCCAAUAAGUGCAAACGACCAAUGAACGCCUUCAUGCUUUUUGCCAAAAAAUAUAGGGUUGAAUACACACAGAUGUACCCAGGAAAAGAUAACCGAGCCAUAAGUGUGAUUCUUGGUGACAGAUGGAAAAAGAUGAAGAAUGAGGAAAGGAGAAUAUACACAAUAGAAGCUAAAGCCCUGGCUGAAGAACAAAAACGUAUAAAUCCUGACUGUUGGAAGAGAAAAAGAACAAAUUCAGGCUCACAGCAACAUUAAAUAUGAAUGUAGCGGGAUAUUGUGUCGAAACAUGCGGUUCGGCUGGCUGGAAGAAGAAAGUCUGACAUCACCGUGUUGUGAAUGUGCUCCGAGACUGUACUAGCAGCAAUGUCACAGAAGUAAUCUGACAUGAAUGACUGAAGGCUUUCCUGUUUUAAACAUAGCAUUACAUAUGCAAAAAUAUCAAUAUUUUAAACCAAAUCGCCUUAUUUUUGAAAAAUUAUAUAUCAGGUAAUAUAGGCUUGAAAAAUCGAUAUCCUGUGGUGCUACAAUGAGGUGUGUAUCAGCAUAUUGUUUUUAAAAACAACCAGGUUAAUAAAAAAUGGGAAUUUAUAGAACAUAUAACUGCUGUUUAUCGACCCUACUGCUUAUUAAUAUGUAUUGCACAAAUGUAAUUAUCUUUACGUUAGAAUGUGUAAGUUUCUGACGUGAUAUGUUAAUGCAAGGUGCAUGAGCACUAACUGACUAUUCAUUGCCACUGAGCUCCAUUUAUAUUUUGGCAAGUGGAUCAUUAGCUUCCUUAUAGACUGAGGGGCCAGCAAUUUCCUACAGACCCCUCCAAAUGCCAAGGUGUUGAAGCUUAAGAUUUAGUAAUUUAGGUUGCCACAGAAUCUACAGAUAUAGAUUUUAUUUUGCUAUAAAAAUGUCAUUAUUGAUGGGGGGGUUGACUUUGCACUUAACUCUGGUGCAACACUUGCACUUUACUUUUUCUUGUGUCUGUCGGAAUAAACAGACGCAUAUAUUGUUCUGUGUUGCGGCUGUAGGACUGUGAUGAGUGGAAAUCUUGGCUCCUGAAUUGCAGCUGUAAUACAGUUUGUCAGCAUCAUCUGCCCCAGUAAUUUUUGCACACUAUAUUCUUGUAUAUUUCAAAUAAAUGUUGUUGAAAUGGU